GUUACUUCGACGUCUGAUUUCAGUGCUUCAGCUGGUAUGUUGUCGGGUCCUGCUGCUUUCCCGUUCUUGAUUUGUCUGACGGCCAUUCUAAUUUCUUCCAUCGUUGGUGGGUUGACAUCUAUAGGAAGAUCUGUGUGUGCUGCUUCGAUGUUCGGUGAUAUACAAAAUAUAUGCAUUCACAAAUCAAUUCUCGUUAUUCGACUUAUUCAAUUCCGUUAUUGGAUAACGUGAUUUAAGUCGACGAUUAUAUACGAGAAUAGGCGAUAACAAACAAUCGUACGAUCUAAAUAGGAGUCAGAUCCACGGGCCACAAAAGUAUGACAGCCUAGUCGAAACAGAAGUCAGAAAACGAAGAGGUUCGAAGGUAUAUUUGGAAAGCAAUCAACAUAUCGGGAAGCAUUUAGUAUAAGCUGGUUAACGGUUGUAAAGGGGUGAGUAGCACGGCGUACCCACUCGUGGUUUGGUGCGGAUGCGUAACCGAACAGCCUCAGCUAGAUGUGUUCAUCAAAACUAAUCAGGUCAACAUCAAAUGUCGAAGACCUACAGAACUAUUUAUUUUAGGGAUUUAUUGACCGCUACAUAUUUUUGGUCGUCUGCUGUCUCAACAGGAAGUUAGAUGCGGAAACAGUAUUGGGGUACUGUUAAGGUGGUCCGGUAGACAGUGAUUUUAUUUCCACCUUUAUUUUGUUAUACUCUGGCUAACUGGUUUGUGCUAAAUUUCUGACUUUGCGUUGGGAUGUGGACGCUCAUUAACAAUAUUCUCAAAACGAUUUGAUCUCGGUGUAUUUUUCUGCACUCAGUAUAUUUGGUUUUUUACUUUGUAGAUACACUCGUCGUACGAAAUUCUUGUCCAUCAACAUCGGAAAGGCACUUAUCACUAAAAAUCAUUAUUUCUCCUACGAUAUCACAUCUUUCAUGUAUUUACAAUUUCUUGACGCCUAUGGAUGAUGUUUUAGAUACUACUGACAGUAUCCUCAGUGUAAAUUCACCUGUUGAUCUUCAAUUUCCUUAUGAACUACUCCCGUAUAAUAAUUCCACAAAUGUUUCAAUAAUAGAUUACACGAACCUAAACAUCCUACCUGAUCUUUCCAUUUGGAACGACAGAUCCAUCCUUAUUUUCGCAACACAUCGCCUCUAUUUCUCGUCAGAACCCACCUGUCCUGAAGUAUAUGUAUGUGCGAUUCCUAAUAAUGGACACAAUAGUACGACCUGUCAUACUGACUUAGGUGAAGUAAGUUAACAGAACCAUUAUCCUAUUGUUUAUCGUUUUCAUAUAAUUCCUUUGCCUAGUACAUGUUUGUUUAUUGAACUUCAAGUCACUUUUUGUUGGUUAAUGGUACCAUCCGUUGCCUCAAACUGCGGUAAGUGGAGCUAGGUUCGUACUUCAGACUUGUUGAAGGACUAGUGUCUCAACUACUAACCCAUCACUCCACCUGUCCAUUAUUUCAUAACAAGAUUAAAAGAUUGUCCACUUGUCAAAAUAAAUACAUUUCUUUUUUUCCGGAAUUCUGAUUUUCGGUUAGCCUUCACAAGGUUUAUGUACUUCUGAGUUCAUUUAAAGGUGUACCUCAGAAGUACAUAAACCUUGUGAAGGCUAUUUACUCGAACACCACCAGUCGAAUCAGAGCUUAUGUCGAACUGUCAUCUGAUUUUGUAACCUCAUAUGAUGUCCGGCAAGGCUGUCCACUAUCUCCAAUUUUGUCCAACUUCUUCACAGACAUACUGAUGGAAACAAUGUUGUCGUCGACUGAAUUUCGACUUAGAAUACGCAGAUGACAUAGUCCUGUUUGGUGAAGACGCUGAUAAAAUGCAGAGUCUUUUGGUAGCACUGAGUAAUAAUGCUAGAAUGUUUGGGAUGCGUUUGUCGCCUUCUAAAUGCAAGUUGUCGCUUCAGGACUGGUCUGCGUCAACACCUGAACUGAGGAUAGGGAGUGAAGUAGUCGAACGCGUUGACAACUUCACUUAUCUUGAAAGUCUGAUGAGCUCUAAUGGGUUGGUGUCUGACAAAAUCUCUGCACUGACUCAGAAAGCUCGUUUGGCUCUUGCCAACUUACGUCAGCACCUAUGACGAAGGCGAGAUAUCCGUCUAUCAAUUGAGGGACGAGUAUACUGUUCAGCAGUUCGUUCUGUUCUACUUUACGGCUGCGAAACGUGACCAUUAGGAGUAGAAGACACUCGUAAGCUACUAGUAUUUGAUCACAGAUGUUUUGGAAAUAUUACUCGCAUAUGCUGGGAUCACCAGGUAAGUAAUAAUGAGGUUAGACACAAACUAUUAGGGAAUGAUGGUAAGUCAGUUGAUGAGAUUGUAAAUCUUCAUCGAGUGAGAUGGUUGGGCCACGUGUCACGUAUGCCUGAGCAGCGUAUACCACGACGCACAGUACUGACUAGUAUUGGAGAUGGCUGGAAGAAAGUUAGGGGUGGCCAAACCAAAAGGUGGCAUCAGUCAUUGAAGUAACUUACUUUUGGUCUGAGCCAUGUUAGAAGAUGCGGACUAUUAUUUAUUUAUAUAUUAUUUAUUUGAACACAUGAAUAUUGGUACAAGAGAGCGCCAAUAUAUAUGCGCCACACAAAACAAUGAGAAUUCGAAGAGAAAUAGAAAAAAAAAGCUAAGGAGCGCAAAAAAAGAGAACAAUAACGAAGAGAUUGGUGUAAGGUAGUGUGGUAGUAAUGAGGGAACGGAAAGGUAUAAUCAGAAGAAGUCUUUCAGGUAAGGGAGACACAACCACGUUUUAUGAAGAAUGUAGAAGAAGGUUACAGCAGGAUCGCCACUGGCUUCUAUUCUGAGCCAUAUCUGAUAACGUCUCUAGCCACUGUGUAGCACCAUCUCUCAGACCCCAACCAGGGAGUCGUGAAGGACCGACAGAGGCCAGUCCUUUGCAGCUUUCUUUCAUACCACGGACUACUUGCUAGUGGUCUGCGUGACUAUCGUAACCAAUGUUUGGAGACUGUGGGUGACAAGGCUCAUAAUCGAUCACAAUGGCGUCGGUGUAUACACUCUUUGUCUUCCUUUAAACCUUGAGAUUAAAAUUAUUUUAUACCUUUUUUUCUACGAACCGGUUCUUUGUUCCUGUAUUAUAUCCUUAUACACAAUCUUUCUUUUAUAUAUUACUACCAUUGAAGUAACUACCUCUAUGAAUUUAGUGUUGAUGUUGUUGUGUUAAUGAGGUAUAACAACUUGGACCGAUACAUAUAUGUACCUGAUCUUACGUUGUAGCUGACUGACUGACUGACUCCGGUUAGUUUUGACAUUCUUUCUUAUUAUCCUACUUCUGCAAGAAUGUUGAUUUUUAUACGGACGUUCAGAGCCAUAACUGAAGUUGUUUCGGACUUGGUUGCAGUGAAGUCAGUCAGCUAGAGGACCAUUGUUAAUCGCAAAGCAUUGGUCAUUCUGUACUAGUUUUGGACUUCUCAGGAGUCUACACUCAAGUCUUCACAAAAGAUCAAACUGUACGAUAAUAUGGUCAGUCAAAUUGCCUCUGACCAGUUGUCGAUUAAAUGCUUAAUUGUGGUGUGAAUUUUUUACCACCGAAAUGUAAAGCGCUACUAAAAGGUUGAUUUGGAUCUGUACCGAACCUUACCCUUGGUAUCUAAUCAUCACAAAUAGUUGAGAAGCUCGUGUAUUUUGGUAGUUACCUGUGUUGGUGUUGAUGGCGGUGUGACAAAUGAAUUCAAUUUCCAUAUCGCGAAAACCAAAUGAGUCUAUACUAAUCCAAGCCAUCUUCAGGAUCGUCGCAAUUUCAGUUUGGUCGUAAAGUCUAUUAGUAUGACACCCCACUGGUGCCGGUUCUGUGUUUGGGAAACCUGGACACUACGACCACGAGCUGUUCAACGAUCUCCUUUAUUUGGUCAUAAUUGUCUGAAUGGUUAUUCUCAUGCUCUUCAGUCAUUCGAUCAUGCUCAACGUAUAACCUAGCAUAUGUGUACAUUAGUUGAAGUUGCUGUACCCCAUCAACAUGAGAUAAAAUUAUCAGAGCAAAUACCAGAGUAAUAGAAGCAAUAAUACUAUUGGUGGUAAUUAGAAAGAACGAGCAUUGAAGAUAUUGUUUGGUCACUCCGAUAACGGCGACAGACGGCCAAGAUGCAAGUGGACCCCAGGAACGUGCGUUAUUAAAAAGGGGAGGUGUUGGGGAUGUUAGAUUCCCAGAACUCACUUAGUAAACACCUUAAUUUUGUAAAUUUAUUUUGAAAAUUUGAAUUUCUUUGUUUUCGCGCCAAAAGCGCUCUUUUCAUCUUCAUGUCGUAUUUCCCACUUGGGAGAAUCUUAAACGCUAUUGGUUCGUUGUAUCCUUUAGUGUGUUAUUUCGUAACGCUUCUCAAGGACGGUUUUAUGCUGUACACAUACGUUUGGUUGCUUGCGGAAUAUAUUUCUCCGUUUCGAACUUGGACUUCUCUCUAGUUAGCGGGGCUGAGUCGCAUCAGAAUAGCUAGCUUGUUGGUCUUUGGUCAUAGAGUCUUUGUUUUGUUCGCAAACUUGGUGAACUCGUAAUCGCUCCAAACAUAACAGUGCCUACCUGAAUAUCUCAGUCUAACAGUCAGUGUCUUCAUGGAUCGAUGUCAUUUCUUGAUUUGGACACCCUUAGCAUACUUCCAAUAUCGUUAUACACGAGUCAUUGUCGGCCAUCGAGGUAGUCGGUGAACGGGUAUACGUGAUCCAUGUCCCAACCACCUCAAUUGAUGAAGAUUAACCACCUUCUCUAUCGACUUGCCAUACUUAUGUAGUACUUUGCAUCUGACCUCAAAAUUCCUAACCUGGUGAUCCCAAAAUAUACUAGCAAUACUUUGAAGACACCUUUGAUCGAAUACUAGUAAUCUACUAAUAUCUAUUUUUAAAGGUCACGUUUCGCAGCUGCAAAGUAGAAGAAUGAAUUUCUGCACAGUAUAUUCGUCCUUUAGUUGGAAAAUGGAUAUCUUAUCUACACUAACUGACGCAAAUUGGCGAACGCCAACCAAGGAUUCUGAGUAUGUGUUGAGAUUUCGUUGGACAUUAACCCACCAGGGCUGAUGACGCUUCCAAUAUAAUUGAAGUUAUCAAUGUAUUCAACUACUGCGCACCCUACUGCUGGCUCUUGUGUAUUACUUAUUAGAAUUGAUUAUUUAUUUGAACACAUAAAUAUUAGUACAAAGGGGCACCGAAUACAUAUGCACCACACAAGCCACUUGAUUUGUGUGUGGGCUGUGAUACUGCCCGGAUGCCCAAACCGAAGCGAGUGGUUUUCUUAGGGGGGCCACACCCGGAGCCUUCGACCUAAAAAUCUGAUCCACAAGGCAAUGGACCAACGUAAGGAGAUGCAGUCCCAUGGUAGCUGGUGACCAAUAAUUGAGUCAUACUCCACUUGUUUGCUCGGGAUCUUGGAGGCCAUGUGAACCAUUGGUUUGGAAGCAGGGUUUUCCAACUCCCCUAUGUGGAUCCUCCAUAUCCACCAACCCAGUUAGAGCGCCGGGCAUUCGCUUUUCGUCCUUUAAAUUUCGUAAGCAACACCCCCGUCGCGAGACGGCAGUGUGUAGGACUUCCCUGACAGUGGCUUUAUGCGCGUGGCCAUGUGAGAGCAUUUCGAGAGGGAGGGUAGACUCCCCACCUUCGACCGUACCGGGGCGAUUACAACUUUUCCGAGUUGUAGCUAUCAUUAACAUCUUGAAGGCCCCAUUUACAGACACAUCAGGCAGAGCGAGGGCCUACAACCAUCUCUCUCCAUUGCUUCAUUUAAACAGUGGGUUGCCCAAUCUUACCAUCUUUCUUCAACUUUGUCAUUAAUGACGUUCUGGAAACAGCUCUGAUGGAUACAAGUAAUGGCGGUGUCGGUCUGUUGCCUGGCGAAAAACUUUUCGGCUUUGGGUAUACGGAUGAUAUUGUCUUACUUUGAGACGAUAUCCGAGCCAUGCAGUGCGUACUCAAUCAGUUGGCAGUCAGCAUCUGUGGGUAUGGGAUUUAUUUUGCACCUUCUGAGUGCAAAGUACUAUUAGAAGACUGGCAGAAGCCUGUCCCUUCACUCACUGUUGUUAGUGUGCAGAUAGAAUUAGUGUAGAAGUUGAUGUGUCUGUGUAUCUGUGUAAAUGCCGGUGGUGGCGUGAGUAGUGAGACCAAUUCACGCAUAAUAGAAGUUCGUUUGUGUUAUUUCGACGUGUGCAGUCUUUGGUGCUUUUGUUUUGUUAUCCCGGGUGUAAAGGGUUGGAUCUACGACACGUGGAUUAGAGUAGUUGUGCUAUGUGCUUUCUAAUCCUGAACUGACCGAGUUGAGGAUGUUAAGUGACUCUAUGUUUGAUCAUCGUUGUCUGGGAAGUAUUUGUAACAUUCAGUGGCAACACGAUUUCAUUAAUGUUAGAGGUUCUGGAACGUGUGUUCAGACACAGUGCGGAUAAUGCAAUUGGUGUGAACAUCUUGGAACACUGUCUUGGUUUGCUUAGAUAUUUAAUACGAAUGUCAUGCCAACGAACUUCCCAUGGUUGGUUAUUUGCGGACACUGGGAGUUGUUGGAAAAAUCGGAGAAGUGGUCAGUGUAUGACAUGGUGUCGUGAUAUAAAAAAAGUUGUAUGGGGAUGACUUGAAUAAGCUGUUUUGUCUCAGUUGUAUUGUCAAUGGAUCGUGCCUUAGAGAACUAACGUCACCUUUUUGGUGGUGUUUUGUUCUCUGAGCUGGAUGGAUUUAAAUCUACAUAAAAUUUAAUAGCGUUUACAUUAUAACUGUUUAUUUAAAAGAUUUCUUCUAUUUUAACUUCUGGAAUUACAUUCCCUAGUGUACUUCACAUAUUUUGAAUUCCGAGUUAUACGGUAUCUGUUGUCCGAUCCUUUAAAUAAUGUACUAAAUCAACUUGAUUAGAAAUGUUUUUGUGUUUACUUGUAUUAAAGUAGUAUGUUAAAGAAACAGACAUAUUUAUUCAUACUUUAUUUGUGUUGUUGCUAUCAUUAGAACUUAUCGCUAGUUUCAUUUUUAUCAAAUUCUUAUGGUUUUGAAAUUGAUUUUGAUCAAUGUUUUGUAUUUCUAAACACAUCAUGUAUUUAAUGUGCAAUACCAGUUAUCAAAAGCUUGAAGAUCUGUUCAAGACAGUUGACUGGAUACUUAAUGAUAAUCUUUUGCCUUUGUAGAUUAUCAUUUUACAUGUUUGUGAGCUAUCUAAGAUUUCGAGAUCAUUAGCAAUGAAUCUUCAGAAUUUAGAUCAACCUAUGGGUCAGAAUUGAACCAGUGUUGGUCCUGCUUUAACAUUUUGUUUUCUGCGUAAAAGUUAGCGGGAGUUGCAAAGAUGAAAUCAGUGACCCUUAUUUCUUCAUGUUCCCACUUGCUACUGGUCUGAAAGUUUCAGUUAACAAUGUUGGUGAAUAUCCGGGUAUACAUAACAACAGCAUGCAUAUAAUUGUCACCUCUGGUUAUCGUUUACCACCGGGUGUUUUUACCUGUCCAUCGGGCUUUUUUGCUUGUGAUACAUUUGAUAAAAUAAAUGAACGUCGCAACUCUCCCUUGCAAUGGCCUUAUCGUAUCUGUUUACCCAUGCGAUUAUGGUGCGAUAAAGUGUUGAAUUGUCCGAUAAGUGGUUCGGAUGAGCAAAAUUGUUCAUCUACACCUCCUAUGAGCUUUCCACAUACAAAGUUUCAGAUUGAAAACGAAUAUCGAAUGCUAAAUGAUGUUUUAAAUCAAUUUGAGAAUACGAGUUUAUUAGAAUUUGUUGGUUAUCGGAAAAAAACUUCUGAACAACCGAUUACUAUGCUGCUGUCUGCAUACGUCAACACGUUUUGGUUAUCACUUAUACUAUUGAUUUCGAUAUUUAUUAUAUUUAUUAUAACUAUUUUAUUAUGUGUAUAUAAAUUAUUAAAACGCAAACAUGAAGCUGGUACAGUGAGAGUUACUGAAGUAAAAGAUUAUCCUACAAACUCUGAAGUCUGUAAUGAUGAUACAUUGAAAAAUAGUAUAAACAAUAAUCAUUAUUCAGAGAAUGCUUUCUCUGAAGAUCAAUUAAAUAAGGAAGAAACUUGUAAUGAUGAUUUUCAGAAUAAUAAUAGCAGUAAUGGUAGUGGUAAUAAUGAUUAUCAUAAAUUUUUACCAAGUGAUGUUAAUUACCUGAAUGGUUAUUUGAACUCACUGGGUAACCAAGAGAUAGCUCCACUCAUUAAUGUAACAGAAAAACAAUAGCAAGUAAUUAUGAUCGUGUGUGGGAUAGGAAGUACGCUUGAAAAAUACAUAUAUGGUUCAUUUGACUUUAUAAAUUAUCAAAUCAUUGUUAGCUGCAUUGUACUUCCUUUACUUCGUUUAACGUUUUCUACACUUUGCAUCUAUUAUCUAUGUUUGGUGCAUUUUGUGUUUUGAGAUCGUGCGUCUCUUUUUUUAACGAUACAAAAUGUCUUAGUACCCGGUAGGAUUGGAGAAAUAAAUUCUUUUUCUUAGCGUAUUAUAUUUUAGUGCUCGACAAAAAUAUAUAUAUCCAUCCGAGUUGAUUAUCUUUCUGGUAUCCAUGUUGAUUUUCAUCCAAACUAGUGGUUAUCCUUUCAUCGUUUAUAUAUAAUUUAAACUUCCUCUAACUUACUAUUCAUUCAGCUAUUUGGUUCCAGAAAAAACAUCAUUUAAAAACCACUCUACUUAUCUGUUGUGAUUAAAAUUAUUUAUGACAUUUAAAUGUAUCUCUAGAAUCACAUUAUAUUUGUUCUCAUUCAUCCAUUUUGUUAUACUCACCAUGGUAUACCAGUUAUCAAGAUAUAUAUUCAUAACGUCAUUAUUUUGCAUUUUUAUACAUUUUCUGAUUAUUAAUAAUAAGACAAUAUUUUUGUCGUAAUCCAUACUUAAGGCAAUGCUUUCUUUUCACAUAAAUUUUAUUGUCACAAUUACUCACUGUUGAAAUUGAUUUAAAAAUCUAUUACUGAUGUUACUCUGGUUAUCAUUGAUAAUGGUUACUAAGGGAAGCUUUUGGUACGUAGUGUAAACGAGCAUAUAUUGAAAGACUUAGUAGGUAUUUUUAUUACUGAGAUUUAGUCAGUAUAUUAAUCUAAAAAUACCUGUUGGCUUUUUCUGCUUAAUGACUGAGUUGGAUGGAAAGAUGCUCAAUUAAUUAUCCGAAACGUCUCAGGAUUAAUGAUGAUAAUUUAUUGUUAGGCCCUAAUGGAAAAAUAAUCCAUUUUCGGUCAGCUCUAUCAGUGACCUAAUGGGUAGGGAUUUGCGUGCAAGAUCGAACGUUGGGGUUGGAUUCCCAGACACGCACUGCUGUAGAGCUCCAUAUCAGGAUUAAACAGCUGUCUAUUGUUUCUUGUUUUUUAGUGCCGAUCUAUCUAAGACAGGUUUGCGCUUUAGAAUCUGAAAAUUCCAUAAUCAAGGAGGAAAUUAUUACCUGUUUUGGCAACUAACGACAUCAGUGUGGCGACAAAUGCACUCAAUUAUUUUUGUAUAGGAUACAUGGAUUAAUUUUUAUAGCUGAAGUUGGUAUUCAAACUACAUAUAUGGAAAACUGGGUUAUUCUGAAAUACAAACGUAAAGGGUGUAUUGAAAAAAACUAACUCAACUGUCAUGGAGUGACAUGUUUUUAUCUCAAUGUAAGGAAUAUUAGCGUAUAACAAAAACAGCUAAAACUACAUCUGAUCAAAUAUCUAGGGAAAUAUCUGUGUAUUACUGUAGUGAACAAGCUCAGCUGACUAUUAAGCCAUCAGGUUUACAGCAUCUUCGUCUUGCUAGUUUAAAAGUUUUUCAUUCCACCCGUAAUAAUCAUUAAUUAGUGUACUUCACUAUUGAGUCAAUAACAUAACUAUAACAUUUGAGGACUAUCAGUAGUAGUCGGGGUUUAUUAAACAAGGUAUCUUGUGAUCUUCGUUUAUUUGUACAGUAUUGAAUAAGGUGGAAUUGUGUCGAUAUCCUAUUGGUUGGUGGCUUACUGGUGAAAGCAAUUAGUUUUCCACCAUUGGGUUUCAAGUUCCACCUCAAUAUGAAUAGUAUCAGUAGGCCUUUCAUAAGAUAUAGGACUCCAAUCAGGGACAUGAUCUUGUAAUUGGUUAUUGGUCAAAUCCAAAUGAAAACAAUGGUGUCCGACUAGUAUUUCAGUUCCAUUAGUACUUUAUGCUAAUGAGUAUCGAUAUUUGUUUAACUUAAUUUCCUGUUAGACAAAUCUAAAACAUCCAACUUUAGAAUUUCAAUAACUAGUCCUUGGGGCGCUAUUAUUCACGACUAACAGCUCUUAUUGUUUCACCUAUUCAAACCUCACAAACUUUUUGAGUUUCUCUCUACGAUAAGAAUAUAUUAAAAAACCUGUUUAAAUCUUAGAUAUUUUUGGUAGACAAAGAAAAUAAGGAUUGAAAAAGCAAGAAGAUAGGAAAAAUGAGUAUUAAACCAAGCUUCGUGAUACCGGUUUACGCAUUUACUCAACCAUCAACAUCUCUAGCCUUCGUGUGUAAUCUAGGAAUCGGAGUACGGAUAUAUAUUUAAUUACUGGUUUACAUUUUGAUGUAAGGUUGUCGAUUGGAUAGCUUAUCAAUGAUAACAGAUAAAUAAAUACACUUAUGUUCUGAUAAUCGGUUUCCAUGGUUUUAUGCUGAAUAAUUUAUCUAUA